ACCACCAUCAUCGCGCCGCUGCCACCACGGUCACCAUCACCACCAUCACUGCCGCUGCCCAGCCCCGGCUUGUGCCUCGGUUUCCCGCGGACUUCGCUUCGGGCCUCAGGUCGGAGCCUCCACCCCGCGCCAUGCCGAGGGAACUGAAGGAGAGGGAUGCGGACGCGCAGGACACCGCGAAAGAAGAGGGUGGCAUCGAGUCCACUGUCCGCUCCAGAAAAAGAAAGGCAGAUGUGGCGGUGUUUUUGCAGGAUCCAGAUGAAGAAAUUGCUAAAAUUGACAAGACUACAAAGAAAAGCCAGUGUGACAGUCAGCCUUGGGAUAGCAGUUUGGUUUGUGCAGAUCCCUGCUCCUUGAUCCCCACACCCGACAAAGAGGAGGAUGAGGAGUCACUGUUCCCCAUUUCCAUGUUCCAGCCUCGCAAGCGUUCACCACCCAGAGCCUCACCACUGCCUUUACUGAACUGGGCGAAUCGAGAUGAAGUCUGGAACAUUAUGUUGAACAAAGAGCAUGUGUAUUUAAGGGAUGAGCACUUUCUGCAGAGACACCCUCUCCUGCAGGCUAGAAUGCGAACUGUUCUUCUGGAUUGGCUAAUGGAGGUGUGUGAAGUCUAUAAGCUUCACAGGGAGACAUUUUACUUGGCUCAAGACUUCUUUGAUCGGUAUAUGGCAACACAAGAAAACAUUGUGAAAACCCUCCUACAGCUCAUCGGGAUCUCAGCCUUAUUUAUUGCUGCCAAAUUAGAGGAGAUCUACCCUCCGAAGCUGCAUCAGUUUGCUUAUGUCACGGACGGCGCCUGCUCAGGAGAUGAAAUUCUCACCAUGGAACUGGUCAUUAUGAAGGCUCUGAACUGGCGUUUGAGCCCUCUGACUGUCGUGUCCUGGCUGAACGUGUACAUGCAGGUUGCAUUUCUGAACAACAUGUGUGAGGUGCUGCUGCCUCAGUAUCCCCAGCAGAUCUUCAUCCAGGUCGCAGAGCUCCUGGAUCUCUGCAUGCUGGAUGUUGAGUGCUUAGAGUUUCCUUAUGGGGUGCUUGCUGCUGCUGCCUUGUUCCACUUCUCUUCUUCCGAUUUGGUGGCGAAGGUUUCAGGGUAUCAGUGGGAGGACAUCAAGAAAUGUGCUGAAUGGAUGACGCCCUUUGCCGAAGUCUUCCAGGAGACGCCAAGCUGUAAGCUGAGGCACUUCCGGGGGAUCCCAUGCGAAGAUGCACAUAAUAUCCAGACCCAUGCCAACAGCUUGGACCUGCUGGAAAAAGCCCAGGCAAAGAAAUCCGAGUUGUCAGAACACCACAGAUUGUCCCCUAUGCCCCCUGGGCUCCUCACCCCUCCGCAGAGUAUUAAAAAGCAGAGUGAGCUGGAGGAGGAGGAGGAGGCCUGACACCCAAAGAUGGUGUGCAGAAAGGCCUGGAUGUUCCUCUGCUGCCAUUCAGCUUUUGCAGAUGCUCAGUGAGUGACGGGCCCCGUUCUACUGAAGUUGUGUGGGUGGCGUGGACAGGGGCAGCGUCUUCUACGGAACACGUGGUCAAGGACAACAGCCACCUCCAGAACACCCGAGGGUGCUUCCCUUGCUGCUACGGAUGGUGUCCUUGACUCCCCACAGAGGACUGCGGCUUUGAGUUCAAGGCCCCUUCCCCACAGUCAGCGGGGUGGGGCCUGUCCCUUCACAUUGUCAGCCCGCUGUCCCUUGCCUUUAUGAACUUUGGUUUUGUAAUUGCUGCUAUGUCUACCCAUUUUUAAUAAAGUGAUACUAUGUUUG